AUGGGCAUUUUCAACGUUUUGCUGUGUGCCAGCGCAGUCAGCGCUUACACCGUAACCAAUGUGGGCAAGUUCAUGCUCAAGAACAUCGAUCCUGUCGUCGUCCCUGGCGAGUACACCAGCCACAUGCACACCUUUUUCGGAUCCGACGCCGUGACCGUCAACACUACCACGUCCAAGGAGCUCCAGGCCGGAUGCGCUACUGCUGAGAAUCCCAAUGACUUCUCCUCUUACUGGGUGCCGACUCUGUACGUGAACAACGGAACUAGCGUCUUCCCGGCCCCCAUCUUCCGUUUCAGCGCCUACUACGUCAGCAUCGAGAAGGCCGAAGUAGCCAUCCCGCAGAACUAUAAGGCUGUUGUCGGCAACGCCGAGGGCAAGAGCCAGGACGACGUCGAGCCGCUCGCCGGCAUCCAGUGGUUCUGUGACCACGGCGGCCAGGGCACCAACGAGGGCAAAAACGCCGCCGAGUUCCCUUCCAAGGGAUGCCCCGCCCACCUCCAGACCAUCCUCCUCUUCCACGACUGCGUCAACGAGUCCACCCUCGAGUCGACCUACUCCGGCGUGCACCACUGGACCAAGUUCUUCAAGCCCGCGAACCGCUGUCCCGAAGGCAUGAAGAGGAUGCCCCAGCUGCGCUUCAGCAUCCGCUACGACCUGCGUAAGGUGCUCCCCGACGGCUGGGACGGCCCCGCGCCCCUGGAGCUGUCCUGCGGCUCUUCGUACUGCACCCACGGCGACUUUAUCAACGGAUGGCUGCCCGAGGCCGCCGAGAACAUGCUGAAGGCCAACAGCAAGAGAGACUUUGCUGGCGUCGACGGCCCUGCUGGGAAGUACAACGCCGGUUCGGUCUGCAAUGCGACUGCGGUUGAUGCUGACCCUGAGAACGGCACUGCGGAUUACGAGACGAGCAAGAAGAUUCUGAAGGAGCUGGCGCAGUAG